GUAUUAUUUACAAUGCCUACAUGAUGAGGAUUAACGGGAAUAUAACAAAGGAACGAAGUCACAAUUUUGUUAAACAAAACGGUAAUACCUUCAAAAACGUGAAAAUAAAAGGAUAUUUCCGUUUUUCUAUAUUCAUCCCAAACAGCGCCUGGUUUCUUAGAGCAUUUAGAAGAAAGCUGCGAUUUAAAUUUUUGCUGGCUGGGUGCAUCGUCUUAUUUUUGCUAUACGGUGUUAUAUUUGCAUCGAUCAUUGAGAACAUAGAAGACCAACACCAAUUCAGCGAACGACCAAUUAGUCCAUUCUGUACGAUCUACCCAGUAAAAAAACAAAAUAUUCCUCCAAAACCAAAGAUCAUCAAAAUUCUGGUAUGGACACAUAUGCCUAACAAGCAUUUAUCUAAUGAAUAUAUGCUAGGAUGUCCACAGAAAAAUUGCAGAUUUGUUGCCGAGAGCGAUGCACUGUUAUCAAAACUAGGUGCAAAAUUCAUAUCUCCUGUAGAUAAAUUUAAAUUAAAUUUGAAGCUGUUGCAGCGAGCCAAUGCUGUUGUAUUUCAUGCUCUUUCCAGAGAAUUUAAAAUAGGAGCUAUACCUCCCAUUAGACCUUACUGGCAGAAAUGGCUGUUCACUACUGUGGAAGCUCCAAGAUACGACUUUCACAAACAUGCCAAAUAUGCAAAAUGGAACCAUUUGAUCAAUUUGACAGUAACAGUUAGAUCAGAUGCAAGCAAACAGUUACGUUAUGGCUAUUACAAAAUGUUAGAAAAUGAGAAAAUAUUUAAACUACCAUCCUAUUCUAACAGGACUCUACCAAUUGCGUGGGUUGCUAGCCAUUGUACCACUGAGUCACGCAGAGAACAGUUUGUACGUAAAUUAAAAGAACACAUCCCCGUAGAUUCAUACGGACGGUGUGGAACAAUUACAUGUCCAGAGAACUGUUUCGACCAUAUAGAAAACAAUUACAAAUUUUAUCUGGCGUUAGAGAACAGUGACUGUCCUGAUUACAUCACCGAGAAAAGCUGGAAGAAUUCCUUCUCUCGCAAUCUUAUCCCUAUCGUAAGGGGAAGCCUCAACGGCUAUGCCAGAUACCUCCCACCUGGAUCGUUUAUACACACUGAUAGUUUUCCCUCGAUUAAGCAUCUCGCUGACUACUUAUGGAAAGUUUUCAACAAUCAAACCUUAUAUGAGUCGUACUUUAAAUGGAAAGACCGCUAUGAGGUGGUUACUAGGAAUAUUUAUAGUGAUGCGUGCACAAUAUGUACGUUGCUUCAUGACACUUGGGAUGUAAAACAAUCAUGGGAAAUAGAUGGUUGGUGGUCGCCACAUCAAUGCAAAAACAAUCAUACUGAUUUUCUAAGCUAGCAUUCGCGAAUUCAAUUGACAACUGUCGACUGACGACUUGACUGCGAUUUGAUUGUUAUUUUGUAUAGUACACGUACGUACUGCUGUUCAUAUUCUUAUUUAAAUUUGACUGUGGAAUGGCGGUCAAGUUGUCAGCCGACAGUUGCACUAUCGCAAACUAUUUCGAUACGUUUUUGUUUUUCCAUGAUUUCACAAGAUAUAAGCAGAAUCACCACAACCCUUUUUGCACAAACGUGUUUCAGAGUCUUAGGUUUUAGAAAAUCCAAGCUUUUGCGAAUGUAUUUCCUUGUAAGAUUGCAAAAUCAUCAAUAUACUUCCUCACUAAAGUAACGUUUAAUGAAUGGGCUAAAAAGUGCAGCAUUCCUGAAAACUAUGAAAAUUAUGUUAAUUUAACGGGAUUUCAGCAUGAUAAUUCUCUAGUGAAAUUAUAAAUUAUGUUUACACGCUCAGUUGAUAAAGUUAGCAACACAAAGAACAACACCAACACACUGAACGAAAAUAAAGGUGUAACAAUGAUACGCGUACGUAAUUAUAUGUUACUUUAUGGGUUCAUCAUUUAUUUAUUGAAUACUGUAAAAUAAAUGUUCAUAGGUAGG